AUGGCUAGGGUUUCUCAGGAUACUACGACAACUGCUGUAGGAACUUCGGCGACGGAGCCUAACCGGCCGAAGCACACUACUUACGCGUCUUCCUUAAGAAAUAAGCAGAUUGAACGAAAACCUAACGUGCUCGUUCAUAGAUUCACAGCCCUCCAACCUGAUUUUUCUGGUCGUGUUCUUGUGGGAAAGGGCGAGAAACCACGUCUUCUGCUGGAUCUCAAAAGAGAAUUGAAUGAGAUAUGGAAAGUUGAGAAAGAAUGGCAGCUUAUUCCCAUGGGAAAAAGUUUCUACACGAUCAAAUUUGCUACUGCGGAGGAUACGGCGGCGGCUCAAACUAACACUGCUUGGGAUCUUUCGUUUGGCACGAUUCGUCUUCGGCAGUGGGUUAGAUUUUUCGAUCCCUAUAUGGAAAUCUCCUCCCUUUGUGAAGUUUGGAUGCGAAUCUAUCAUCUUCCGUUAGAAUUUUGGACUCUUGACGUUAUCACUGGUAUUGGACGAGCAUUAGGCACUCCCAUUAGGGUUGAUGGAGCCUCGACACAUGGAGCUAUGGGGAAUUAUGCGCGUAUUCUUCUAGAGAUUGAUCUGUCAAGACCGCUUCCUGAAACUCUUUUAGUGGAUGGUGAUGAGCGCUCAUUUUAUGUGGAAUUCGACUUUGAACAAAUUCCGGCGUACUGCACGAAGUGUAAAAUUACGGGACAUUCCAUUGAUAAGUGCAACAAAAUUAAACAGAAAGGCAAUAAUAAGGAGGGCGAGGCACAACAAAAUCUGGUUACUAAGGGUAAGGAGAUUUAUCAUCAUGGGACGACUAAAGCUCCGAUGAAUAAGAAUUGGACGCAAAAGUUGGGUGGUGGAAGAAAUAAGGCGGUGGAACAUACCAAGAUUCCUAUUCGCAUGGAAAACUCUUUCGCGGCCCUUGAGCAUGAAGAAGAGGCUAAUGAGAUCAUUCAGACGCCGAAUGUGGUGGAAGAGGAGGAACGUGAAAAAGAAACUUCGGUUCAAGAGAAUUCCCAGAUUUUUGAGGGAGAGAGAGUUCUUUCGGGGCCUGACAUCCUUCAGCUCAUAACUGUUCCGAUUACUGAAGUUGAUCAGGAGACGGCAGAGGAUAAUCUCGAGACGGCUGAGGAGAACAUGCAGGAUGAAGACAUGGAUGGGAAGAACAACAACCAGUUGAAUGAGGUUGAGGAGGUCGAUUUGGAUGAGGGGAAGAGCGCUGCUUCUCUAUACAGGGAAUCUGGUGCUUCCGAGGUUCAAGAGGCAAUUGACAAGCAACAGCAAAAGUUAGAGAGUGCCAUAAAAGCUAGGCAAAUAAUUGAGACGGUGCAACAGCAUGACUGA